AUGUUCGGGAUACAACAGGAGCCAGAAGACAAAAGGAGCGAGAGCCCCAGGGAGGCGAUACAAGAAGACGAGGCAAUACGACAUGUGGCAUACGCAGAGCAAACACGACUGGACGGAUACGCCAAGCGAGUAAAAUAUGCGCUGAGCCGGAAAGCGGCAUUCGACAAAAAAGUACUCAAGUCGAGGGCGGGGAAUGUGGUUUUCAAAGAAGGGGAGCUGGUACAGGUCUUUCGAAGCGACCUAGCGGAGACCGUGAGCAACGACAGGAAGUUGACGUGCAGAUGGACGGAGCCGCAUCGGGUGAAGGCGAGAACGCGCAACUCAUACACACUCGAAUCGGUGGAAGGGAUCCCAUUGGAUGGACACUACAACGCGAGGAGACUACGACACUAUAAACCAAGGGACAGCACGCCACUAGCAAAAGCACAAGAUGAAUAUAAGAAACGAAGAGGAGAGCAGGAGGACGACAAAAGCAUAGAGCAGACAGAAGACACGGGGAAGCAGAGAGACAAGGAGACAGCAGAGGUGGAGAGAUGGCGGAUACAAGAGGCGGAAAGGGAGCUACGGGCGAGGAGGAGCAACGAGGACGUCGCCAUUUAA